UUCUACAUCAGGGGAGUUGAUUAUCAACCUGGAGGCUCUUCCGGAAUAUCUGCCAACAGAGAUCCUCUUUCAGAUCCUGAUAUCUGUGCCAGAGAUAUUCUGCUUUUCCAAGAGCUUGGAAUAAAUACUAUCCGUAUCUACUCUGUCAAUCCAGAUCUCAACCAUGAUGUCUGUAUGUCGCUUCUAGCUUCUGCAGGAAUAUAUUUGGUUCUUGACGUCAACUCUCCCUUGCCCAACAAGCACCUCAAUAGAUAUGAACCAUGGACUUCCUACAACAUCGACUAUCUAGGAAAUGUGUUCAAGGUAGUGGAACAAUUUUCCUACUACAACAAUACACUUGGUUUCUUUGCUGGAAAUGAGAUAGUUAAUGACGUUACGUCGGCUAAAAAUUCUCCCAUCUACGUCAAGGCUGUUGUAAGGGAUAUCAAGAUGUACAUCGAAUACAAUUCCCCCAGACCAAUUCCAGUGGGUUAUUCAGCAGCAGAUGACUUGAUGUACAGAAUGCCUUUCUCAGAAUACCUCGAAUGCUACAAUGAGAACCCAGCAGAAUCAGUAGACUUCUAUGGAGUCAACUCCUACCAAUGGUGUGGUGAACAGACCUUUUACACUAGUGGAUAUAAUAUUCUUGCUGACGACUAUAGCGAUUACACUAGACCCGUGUUUUUUUCAGAGUAUGGAUGCAAUGAAGUUCUUCCCAGAAGAUUCGAGGAAGUCAAAUCACUUUAUUCUUCAGAUAUGAUUGACGUCUUCUCUGGAGGAUUGGUAUAUGAAUUCACACAGGAACCUAACAAUUACGGCCUAGUCGAAGUCCUUCCUAGCGGUGAUGUCAGAUUGCUUCCAGAUUUCAUUCAAUUGCAGAAGCAGUUCGAAUCUCUUCAAGAUUUAGAUAUCAGCAGUCAAGUUGCCAGCAGCAUGAGGAAAAAUGUCAAAGAUAUGCAACAGCGUCUCAAGACCCAGAAGAGUAUUCAACCAACAUGUCAAGCUGCUUACCGGAAUAUUGAUACGUCCAAGGGAGUACCGCAAUCUCUUGCUGAGGACCUCAUAGAAAUGGGAGUUGAAGUGACCAAGGGAAAAUAUGUGCCAUUAACGGAAGACCAGUUGACAAGUAAAUUCAAAGUAUUUGAGCCCAACGGU